UUCCCCUUAGAAUCAAACCCUCCAUAAUAGCAUCUUCAGUUCUUCGUUUUCCUCUCUUCUCUUUGUUUCUCAAAAUCUUCAAUCUUUUCCCUCUCUGCGAAUACACGGGUCACCUGAAUAUUGCAUUUCCAUUCCCUUUACAUCUUUCACUUUCUUGAUUCUUUUCCAGUCCAUUGUUUCUCAGCUUCUUUCCUGUUUUCAAGAAAUACCCACAAGUUCGUUCUUUCUUUUUCUCCAAGAAACUUAGAGGGUUUGUAGAGGAGUCACUGUUCUGGGCGUUUACUCUCUUCCUUUGGGUCUUCAGUGAUUGGUUCUAAGAGGGUUUUGUUCAGAAGGGAAAUGAGCAAAGAUGUCGAAGUGGUUAGAACAAAACUUUCUUUCUUGCUUGAGACCGAUGGGUCGAAUUCUUGGUUUGAGCAAGGAUGACGAUCUUCGCUCCCUCCUCUGGACGUCGGACGUCGAAGAUAACAAGCACGCCUACGGCGAAUUCUCAUUCGCGGUGAUGAAGGCCAAUGUGUUCAUUGAGGACCACAGUCAGGUCGAGAUUGGAAAGGAAGCUACCUUGGUUGGAAUCUAUGAUGGGCAUGGCGGUCCAGACGCGUCUCGCUACAUAGCUGAUAAUCUCUGUCGAAAUUUGACCAGGCUUGUUCGAGAAAAUAGAACCUUUUCUGAAGAUAUUCUUAGAAAUGCUGUUGCUGAAACUGAAGAAGGAUUUCUUAAUCUUGUACGUCAGAAUUAUAAUACAGAUCCGAGAAUUGCUAAAGUUGGCUCCUGUUGUCUCGUUGGAAUUAUAUGGAGAGGAUCACUUUAUGUUGCUAAUUCGGGUGAUUCUCGAGCUGUCAUUGGUUGUUUGGAUGGAUCAGGCAAUGUGGUUCCUGAACAGUUGACUACAGAUCAUAAUGUAAAUGUGGAUGCGAUCAGAGAAGAAGUUGAGGCGUUACAUCCAGACGAUCCAGAAAUUGUAGUUUUCAAGAGGGGAUCAUACCGUAUUAAAGGCAUAAUUCAGGUUUCUAGAGCAAUUGGUGAUGCAUACUUAAAGCAGCCAGGGGACUAUUUUCAUAGGUCACUGGUCAGAGCACACGAACUCUCUGCUGCCCCCAAUCAACCUGUUCUAACAGCACAACCAUCAGUGGAAAGAAGGGUUUUACAGCCCACUGAUAGGUUCCUAAUUUUUGCAUCUGAUGGGCUUUGGGCAAUUUUGACAAAUGAGCAGGUGGUUGAUAUUAUAACUACGAAACCAAGAGAAGGAAUUGCAAGAACACUUAUCAGACGUGCUUUAAAAGAGGCAGCAAAGAAGAAUGAGAUGAGCUUUAAUGCUCUUAAAAGGAUUAGAGAAGGGAGAAGGAACUACCAUGAUGAUAUUUCAGUUGUUGUCAUCUAUUUAGACCAUCUGUUGCCUGCAAAUGCAGCAUCCGUACAAGAGCGCGCAAUACAUGGAUUUGAUGGCAUACUUAAACCUCUGAGUUUUAACAUUCCGUUAGAGAUUGGUUCAAGUACAAGCACUACUAGUGGUCUACCAUUUGAAGCAACAGCCAGUACAAGUGCAAGCACUAGUCCCCUUCGACUGCCCAAUCUGGUGGAAGAGGGAGAGAUCCAAUUAGCAAACAAAUCAGGGUGUUCUCGCGUCCAAAACCCUCAGUUCGUGGCCACACACCGUCAGAACUACUUCCGCUCCGCCUCCUCCAACAACUUUUGUAUCCUUCUCCAACGCUACUGUCCCACAACCAGUGAAAACGUUUUAUCAUUACUCACGUAUGAUGUUAAGACGCAAGCGACACAUGGAGGAGAUGACGAUUUUCCUAAUUUCCUUGUCACGAACGUGGGAUUACCUUAUUACGAAGACACCCCAGAUUUUGAAAUUUCGGGCAUUUGUGAUGGCAUCAUCUGUUUCUAUGAUCGUGAUAGAGUCAUAAUAGCUAAUCCUGCAAUAAGGCAGUUGAAAAUUCUUCCAGAGUCUUGUACUUGCCUUCCACCAAAUGAGGAUAGUGAGAAUGGAAGCUACAUGCUGUGGGAUUUGGCUAUGACCCUAAAGCUAAUGAUUGUAAUUAAGGUUGUUAGUCCAAACAUGGAUUAUCAUGGUCUUCAUCGUUGAAGAGUCAAGAUGUACACUUUAAGCUCAAAUACUUGGAAGGAGACUGACAAUUUUGUUACGGUGUUACUAUUUUUGACUUGCCUUGUUUCAAAAGAUAAGGGAAUGAAGUCUAUUAUUAGUAUGGAGAGUCACUUGGUUCGAGUGUGGAUAACUUUGAAAAGCGACAGAAAGUACUUGUUUUGUUUGACUUGACUUGUGAGGUCUUUCGAUACAUAAUCAUGCUAGAACCAUGUCGGGAUCCAUUGAUGGUUUCUUGGUUUUACCUCAUUGAAAUGAAUGAAUCCCUUUCUC